AUGAAGUUCACCCAAAGCCUUGUGCGCUAUCCUCGCCUCCUUCUGGCAGGCAGUCCAUCUAGAGUUGAGGUUUGGACGCUGUUACUUGGAAUUCUAUGUGCGAUAGCAUCUGGAAUCCCGUUUCCAUUGAUUGGAAUUAUAUUUGGUCAGCUCCUUGACGAUUUCAAUGCGGCGACAUGCAGCUCGGGAGACAGUUCAGACUCUGAGUCGAGCUAUCAAGAGAGUAUCAACGACAAAAUCCUGUUGAUUCUGUAUUUAGCUAUUGCGCAAUUCGUUACUAUCUAUCUUCAUCUCUCCUGCUGGAGCUUGCAUGGCGCUCGACUGGCACAAAGGCUGCGAGAGGUCUAUCUCCGGAACCUGCUCCGGCAGGAGCCAUCAUAUUUUGAUAAUCUUCCUCCAGGGGAGGUUUCAUCUCGUCUCAAUGGCGAUAUUCAAGCGAUACGAUCAGGCACUGGCGAAAAAGUCGGUAUCUGCCUCUCAAGUGUCUCGUUUUUCGUCACAGCAUAUAUUGUGGCUUUCAUCAAGGAUUACGAGCUCGCGGCAAUGCUCAUCUCGUUGAUCCCGGCUUAUUUCUUGAUGUCUUUCGUUGGAAGCCACUACAUCGAGAAAUACUCUGCACUCAUGUCAGAUUAUGCGGCUACUGCUGCAUCGAUCGCUUCAGAGGCACUGUCAAACAUCGUUGUUGUGCAGGCAUUCGGCGCAAACGUUCGGUUGGAAGAGAAAUUUUCCAAAGCACUGCAAUCUUCAGAGUACGAAGGCUUGAAAAAGGCUACAGCCGUUGGCGUGCAGUCUGGAUUCUUAUAUUUUAUUGCGUAUUCCGCGAACGGUUUGGCAUUUUGGCAAGGAAGCCAACAAAUUGCGGACGCCGUGCGCGAUGAUGCACAGGGUGCCACUGUUGGAGCAACGUUUACGGUCAUCUUCAUCCUGAUUGAAGCUACUCUGACUUUAAGCCAGGUUGCACCUUUUCUGCACUUAUUUGGCGCUGCUGUCGCGUCUUAUGAGAAGCUGCGCCAGGAUUUACAUCGCGAACCCAGUAUUGACGGCACCAGUACUUCAGGAAAACGCCUUUUGCAUGCAACAGGUGGAUUCGAGUUUAAGGACGUUUCAUUCACAUAUCCGUCAAGACCAGAUGUUGUAGUUCUUGAUCAUGUCGACCUCCAAAUUCCUCCGAAUAAGCACACAGCCAUUGUCGGCCUCUCUGGAAGCGGCAAGUCGACCAUCACAGGAUUGCUCACAAGACUAUAUGAUCCUAUACAUGGAGACAUUUAUUUCGAUGGGCACAAUCUUCGGGAUGUAAACGUCCAUGAUUUGAGAGGUUUUCUUAGCCUCGUACAGCAGGAGGCUUCACUUCUCGACCGCUCGAUCUUAGAAAACAUUGCACAUGGCUUGAUUAACACAAGCAAUCUGAGCCAUUCUCACCUGAUUUCUACACUUCUUAGCGGCGAUCUUGAAAUUUUAGCAGGGCAGGUCAGAGCUGGUGAGGUUCUUCUAGUGGCGGCAGAGAAAAUGGGCCCCGAAAUGGUUGAGAUUGUUACUAUGGUGCAAAAGGCAGCUGCACUGGCAGACGCUGAUAACUUUAUCAGUGCGCUUCAAUACGGGUACGGGACGUCUGUAGGGUCCAGUGGGCGUCUGAUCAGCGGUGGUCAAAAGCAACGAGUAGCCCUUGCAAGAGCUAUUAUCAAGGACCCUAAGGUUCUCAUCUUAGACGAAGCCACGGCAGCGUUGGAUUCAAGUAGUGAACAGCGCAUCCAACGAGCAAUCUCAAAUAUCGCUACUGGUAGAACAGUUGUCACAAUUGCUCAUCGCCUGGCAACUAUCACCAGCGCGGACAAUAUCAUUGUCCUACACAAAGGACUUGUUGUCGAAGAAGGAGAUCAUCAGACACUGAUGAAUAAGAAUGGGGCGUAUGCUGAAUUGGUCAAGUUACAAGGCCUGCUGGCCUCCUCGCUAAAGGAUAAAGAGGUGGGCUCACAGAAAGGAGAUGAGAAGACUUCUUCGGCCUUGCCAAUCGAAGAGGAUACAGAGGGCAGUAGCCUGUCGAACAAUGACUUCGGAGACCCUGAAAAGUCGGAUUUUCGAUCAAGCCAAAAGGUAAUUUCUGAUGAUACGGAAGACCAAGACGAACUACCGACGCCUUCCAAUUCAUUUUGGUCUGUGCUGCGUGGAUACAUCCCUGCGUUGAAACCACAUCUGUUAACGAUAGCGGUUGCUCUUCUUGGAGCCAGCAUCGUUGGUGGCUCAUUCUCUGGGGAAGCUGUCAUCUUCGGAAAUACUGUUGGGAGCCUUAAUCCCUGCAAAAGCGAAGAAAGCAUUCGGUCUCAAGGUAGCUUCUUCGGAUUGAUGUUCUUCGCGCUCGCAAUCAUUGAAUUCUUUGCGAAUGUCGUCAGCUGGUCUGGAUUUGGUUGGGUUUCCGAGAAGAUCGUCUAUGCAGUUCGGGUACUUUCAUUUCGCUCGCUCUUUGAGCAAGACCUCCAUUGGCAUCAAUCUGAAGGACGAACGCCCGCCUUACUCCUGUCGUACAUUACCAGGGAUGGCAGUGCCUUGGCCGGAUUGAGUGGCUCUGUUAUUGGGACAAUAUUUUCAAUUACGGUGAACCUUAUUGCAGCAAUUAUCUUGACUCACAUUAUCGCCUGGAAAAUUGCCUUGGUGUGCCUUUCACUCGUUCCACUUCUAUUAGGAGCUGGCCUCAUGGAACUUCGAGUGCUUGGCAAAUUUGAGGAGCGACAUGAGAACGCGUACACCAGAUCAGUUGAUAUCGGUGUUGAGGCAAUUACGUCCAUUAAGACGAUAGCUUCACUCUCCUUAGAGGAAGAGACGUUGCGGACUUACCGGCGCUCACUCAAAGGCCCCCGCAAGGAAACUUUCAAUAUCAGCCUUCAGGCAAGCUUGUGGCAAGCAAUGACUUACCUGUUAGGCAAUCUGGUAAAUGCUCUGGCAUAUUGGUGGGGUGCCAAACAGAUUAUAGCAGGCACUUAUACUCAGGUACACUUCCUGAUUGUGGUGUUUUCCCUGCUUGUCAGCGCCUUACUCUGGAGCCAAAUGUUUGCUCUUGCACCAGAGCUCUCAAGUGCAAAAGCGGCAAUGGCCAGGAUAUUGAGUCUGAUUGAGAUAGGAUCGGAUAAGAUGCAAGGUCGAGUACGCAAUCUUCCAGCUUCAGCCUCACCCCGUGAGGAAGAUCUUGAAGUGACAGCAGAAGCAAAGCCGUCAUAUCAGUCGUCCAUUGGAGCUUCUAGUGUGCAACUUCGAAAUGUCUACUUUUCCUAUCCUGCUCGCCCGGAUGUUGAAGUCCUCAAGGGCUUCAGCCUCGACAUCCAGCCUGGCAAGUUCUGUGCCCUCGUUGGUCCGAGUGGGGCCGGCAAAUCCACAAUCAUAUCAUUGAUUGAACGGCUGUAUUCAGUCAGUUCUGGGUCUAUCUUGAUUGAUGGCGCUGAUAUCACCAAAAACCGAGAUGUCACAUUCCGAGACUCAAUAGCCUUAGUACCACAAGAAAGUGUCCUUUUCGAAGGAAGUAUCGAGUUCAACAUUGGGCUUGGAGCUAUACCAGGACAAGAUGUUACACUGGAUGAGAUCAAAGAAGCCUGUAAGCUUGCCAACAUUCACGACACCAUUGAAGGCUUGCCAGAUGGGUAUGCCACUCUCUGUGGGCCCAAUGGCAAUCAAUUCUCGGGAGGCCAGAAGCAAAGACUAUCAAUCGCUCGAGCACUCGUUCGAAAGCCCAGACUCCUCAUUCUGGAUGAACCAACUAGUGCGUUGGAUGCUGAAUCCGAGAAGCUGCUACAGGAUGGACUCGAGAAAGCCGCGAAAGGAAUCACCGUAAUUGCAAUUGCGCAUAGACUCCGUACGAUCCGGAAUGCCGAUGUCAUCUUCAUGAUUCAGGACGGCAAAUGUCUGGAUAAAGGGUCCCAUGAGGAAUUGAUGGAGAGGUCCGAGAGCUACAGGCUGAACGUCAUGCAUCAAACGCUAGCGGAGUGA